GUCUGUCAUUCAGCCACGUCAUUUUUGCUUUUGAAUGAAAAAGUAUACGCGGCGCAAUCAAUUCAUUACAACGGCACUGUAAAUUAUUAUAAUCAUGAAUAUAUUCCGUUUGCUCGGUGAUCUCUCUCACCUUUUAGCUAUAAUUAUAUUAUUACUUAAAAUCUGGAAAACACGAUCAUGUGCAGGCAUAUCUGGAAAGUCGCAAAUACUGUUUUCAAUUGUGUACACAACUCGGUAUUUGGAUUUACUGACAACGUACAUUUCGGCAUAUAAUACCGUCAUGAAAUUGGUGUUCAUCGUGGCGUCCUAUGCGACUGUUUAUUUGAUGUACGUGAAAUUCAAAGCUACCUAUGACCAUAAUCACGAUACCUUCAGGAUUGAAUUUUUGUUGGUGCCAGCAAUUAUAUUGGCAUUGGUGAUAAACCAUGAGUUUACUGUACUAGAGGUAUUAUGGACAUUUUCGAUUUACCUGGAGUCUGUAGCUAUUUUGCCACAGCUCUUCCUCGUGUCUAAAACAGGAGAGGCUGAAAGCAUCACUUCACACUACCUGUUUGCCCUUGGUUCCUACAGGGCCCUUUAUCUUUUAAACUGGGUGUACCGCUAUGUUGUUGAGGAUCACUAUGAAAUGAUUGCUAUUGUUGCUGGCGUAGUACAAACUGUACUUUACUGCGACUUCUUUUAUUUGUACAUUACAAAAGUUCUCAAGGGAAAGAAGUUACAACUGCCUGCAUAAAUCGUGUCAUAGAAUAAUGACAAAUUCUGACUAUAAAGUGUCUGAGAAGUUAAGCUAAUCAUUUACCUAAGAACUGGUUGUAAAACCAUAGCUGAAAUGAUAUGUCAAAUUGCUAUUCAUUUAGAUUGACUUGUGUAUUAAAAUUAUUCAUUGUCAGAUUGGUAGAUCAAACAAAUCUUUUAUUUUUACAAUUUAGUUUUAAGAAACUACUGUAACAUCUUGCAAUAAGAUUUUAAGGAAAUAAAAUUUUGAAGUGAAAUACUUUUGUAAUUUGCAUGUAAAUAUUUUCCUUUAUUUUAUAGAGUAAUAUUUUGGUUUAUAUACACAAUAGCUUUGCAUAUGCGUUAAAAUCAGCUAGGUGCACUUGCUCCUGAAAAAAAAGUGAUUAUUGUUAAUGUUAAAUACUACUUGAUUGGAUUCUUCUUUUGCUGGAUUCAUAAUUAUAGAUAUUAAAAUUACAAUGAUUUUGAGUAUAAACAAUAAUUAAUUUUACUGUUACUUUAAUGCUAGAUAAAUUAUAAUAAUUAAAAAAAAACAAGUAUACCUUUAACAUUGUGUUGCUAUUCAAUAACUGAAUAAUGCCAUCAUUUAAAGUAUUUUCAUUAAGAACAGCCAUAUAUGCUACACCUAAAUGGAGGUUUUCCUUCAUCUGCAAUAAAUACAAUAUGUCACUGAGAGUUAAAUAUUUAUGCAGUUGUAUUACACAAUAGAAAUGACAUGCACUAGCUCAUUACUACA